UGCUGACCCCUCUCUCAGUGUGCUGACCCAGGUGGUGUCCAGCCAUGGUGUGGUGUGAGAAGGGAAUUCAGAUCCUGCUGACCACAGUGGGCGCCUUCGCGGCCUUCGGCCUCAUGACCGUGGCCAUCGGCACCGACUACUGGCUGUACGCCCGCGCCUUCAUCUGCAACAGCACGGCCAACUCCAGCCAGGACGACCCCCACAACAAGGACCGCAAGGACCCCGGCGCCCUCACGCACUCCGGCCUCUGGAGGAUCUGCUGCCUGGAAGGCAGCUCGUUUGACAGCCCCGCCUGGCAGCGUCAGGACCCCCCCGUGCAUGAUGUCGUCUGUGUGUCAUGAGUCUCAUCAGUCCAUCAUUUCCAACCUCAUCCUCCAUCACAGCCCAUCUCUGUGUCCGCGCGCCCGGAGACCGGCCCGCAGGGUAGACAUCACUGCAGACACUCCUGGGGG